AUGGUGGAGGACAUAACAUCAAGAUAUCUGAGUUUGCGGGUGCGCAGGCUAUGCCAGAGCUCGCAUAUGGGAUGUUCAGAAGGUGACGCGUGCGAGAGGCCGGGCUCGGAGGCCAACUUGAUGCUGGUGCAGGCCGAGGGCCGCGACCGGCCCGCCAUGGAGGAGGAGUGUUCAGCGCGGCCUUGCGCCACAGACUUCUCCAUCGCCGCCAUAAUGGCUAGGGAUCGCCAGGAGAGGAGAGAACGACGGAGACAGCGAGAUCCGAGAGAGGAUACGCUUAUGCCUUUAGAAAAGUUCGUUGAUGCUGCGGCUUCCGCGUCAGUGUCACCAUCACCCCCCUUAGCUGAUUACGAGAGGGACUCCCCCGUAGAUGUAUCGUCGACGUCAGAAGCGGGAUCUGCUAGCGGUGCCGCGGGAGGAUCUCGAGCACUCUCCCCACCACCACGCAACCCCCAGCUGUCAGAACGGUGGUCCAGCGAGGAGAUGCGACACAUACAGUGCCACUUGGAGACGAAGGAGCUCUGGGAUAAGUUCAACGAAUUGGGAACAGAAAUGAUCAUCACGAAGACUGGAAGACGUAUGUUUCCGACGGUGCGGGUAUCGUUUGCCGGUUGUCGUACGGAUGCGCGAUAUGCCGUCCUGCUGGACGUUGUGCCGGUGGACGGCAAGCGGUACCGGUACGCGUAUCACCGCUCCUCAUGGCUGGUGGCCGGCAAAGCAGACCCCCCUGCACCUGCGCGUCUCUAUCCACACCCUGACUCACCAUUCAGCGGGGAUCAGUUACGCAAACAAGUCGUCUCCUUCGAGAAGGUCAAGCUAACUAACAAUGAGAUGGACAAAAAUGGCCAGCUGGUCCUCAAUUCGAUGCACAAAUAUCAGCCACGUAUCCAUCUGGUCCUAAGAAGAGAAGGUGCUAUCAAUGCACCAAUAACUGAUCUCGAGCAAGAAGAAUUCAAGACAUUCAUUUUCCCAGAGUGCGUGUUUACAGCAGUGACGGCAUACCAGAAUCAACUCAUAACGAAGCUCAAAAUCGACAGCAAUCCUUUUGCGAAAGGAUUUCGUGAUUCUUCACGUCUCACAGAAUUCGAAAGAUUCUAUGUCACGGGCGAGCACGAAAGAUCCUCAGUCUACCCCGAUGUCUCUCGCUUCAGCGCCGCCCAGCAUAGAGAAACGAUGGAGUCGAUGCUCGCAGAACAACACUACCUUCGUUCACCAUUACGACCCUUCGAUCUGGAUCAGCACAAUAAUAAUUUGACUUUAGAAGAGAAGGCGAUUUUGGCAGCGCGUUCGCAGCUAUUUUUACGUGCUGCGUAUCCCCUGUAUGGAGUACCAGCGGCGGCGCUGUGGGGACAGUGGGCAUGUCUGGCACCACAGCUACUUGCACAACAACAUUUAGCGGCAUCAGGCUCUGGGCUGCAGUUGCCACGACCAGUGUAUCCCGGCGGGCUCCCUGCUGGUGCUGCUGGCUUAUCCCAGCAUAGAUUUUCACCGUAUCCACCGCGGAGGUCAUCACCUGGCUCCUCGCCAGAUUCCCUUCGAGAUGCAAGCCCUCACCCGGUGCCUCUUCCUCCACAUCCUUCACAUACUCCUCAUCCACCACACAGUCCAACUUAG